AUGGAUCCGUCUGGAUUAUCAUCGUGUCAAUUAGCAUGUUCUUAUCCAGACCUCGGCGGCCAGUGUUCGCCACAGUAUCCCCGAUACCAGCCGUCGGCGGCGCCGAUGCAGAUGCGAUCCACACCCGUCUCGGCGGCCGGCGCUAUGAUCACCGGUUCCCGAAUGUCCAUCAAUAGUCACCAUCAGAUGGGCGCCACUCCACCGGUAUUUCCCACUUCCAUGGGUUUGCAGAGUCUGCCUUAUAAGAUGUAUACUCCCGGACACGACGGUAUGCUUACGGAGAAGCGAAAGCAGCGGAGAAUUAGGACAACAUUCACGUCGGCUCAGCUCAAAGAGUUGGAGCGGGCCUUUCAGGAGACCCACUAUCCGGACAUCUAUACCCGCGAAGAGAUCGCUAUGAAGACCGAUCUGACGGAAGCCAGAGUUCAGAUGUUGUGCUGCCGAGUGCUCGACAGCCACACCACCGGCUGA